UCUUACACUUCGUGAUGUUGACGUAGGGAGGUUUGUGUCUCUAGGUGUCUCUGGCAGAGCGCUCACGACUGGCUAUCACCUCAAAGAACAGAGAAGGCUGUUCAGUUGUCGGCGUUUAAUCGGCGGAGGCAGAUCCUGGUCGUAUCCGAGUUCUGGUCAGUAUAAUCGAGAACACGGGGACGAUGGAGCAGACGAAGUGACGGACUGAGGGGAAAGUCUUGGCAGCCAGGGACAUGCGAUGCCACUUAAAGAAGCUCUGCCUCCUGGCCAGCAUCAGUUUCGUCAUUGGUUACUUCAUCACAAACACCAUAUAUUGGAAUGAGGACACCGUGAGGAACAUGAUCAUCUCCAUGAAACAAGCCGCUGCUUUUGGGUUCGUCUCGACUCCGUCCCACCCCUUCCACGUCAACUGUACAGCGUUGUUACUAGGCAACAAGACAGAGAUAUACAACGCCAUCAUGCUCAAACAGGUUCCAGCCAGCCGUGGCGCUCUACCGCCCAUACAGUCAUGUGAAACGUUCAAACAGAGGUUCAUUCUGAAUGUCAGUGACGAAGAGAUAGAUUUCCCCAUUGCCUUCAGUAUCCUGGUGUAUAAGAACAGUCAUCAAGUGGAGCGACUUCUGAGGGCAGUGUACCGUCCGUCCAAUGUCUACUGCAUCCAUGUUGACACAAAGUCAACGGCCAUGUUGGAAGAUAUGCGCCGCCUAGCGGCGUGUUUUGACAACGUGUUCUUGUCUUCCCGACAAGUGAAUGUGAAAUGGGGAAAAUUCUCCGUCCUUGAACCGGAACUGAUAUGCAUGGAAGACCUCUUGAAGUACCGGAAGUGGCGCUACUUCAUCAACUUGACUGGCCAGGAGUUUCCACUCAAGACCAACUACCAGCUCGUCAAGAUCCUCCAGGCGUACAGGGGAGCUAAUGACGUCUCAGGCACCACAACAAGAUACAAUGAGAACAUACGGCGUUUCUGGAAAGCAGGCACGGCUCCACACGGUCUCCGUCCUGUCAUCGGUUCUGUCCACGUCGUUGUCAACAGGAACUUUGUCAACUUCUCCGUGAACGACCCUAUAGCCAAGGAUCUACAGAAGUGGCUAAGGCUCACAGAAAUACCUGACGAAACAUACUUCCCAACUCUCAACUACAGCCCACAACUCAACAUCUCAGGGACAUCCAGGGCUGCUCCUCGCCUUGAACCAUUCCUUGCUCGAUAUAAGAACUGGGAUCACGGCAUACUGGCUUACAAAGACGAUUGCCAAGGCAAGUACCUGAGGGAGAUCUGUGUGCUGGGGGCGGGCGACUUCGCCCAGCUGACCACGGAGAGACAUCUGUUCGCCAACAAAUUCGAGGAGGAUUUCCAACCCGCUGGAUUGUCGUGUCUGGAGGAGUGGUACUACCAGCAGACAAGACUGGAACUGGCUGGACACCGGGAGUACGACACUUCCUUCUACUCCAAGCUGGACUUUGUUCUCAAUCAGAUAUCUCGGUGAGAGAGUAGGUUCACAAUCACGUAUUCGUUCGUCACUGUGGUACACUUGUCAGUGUCGGUGUGUGACACCUGACAAUCUACACCAAUAUGUUUACAGCAAGAUUCCGCACUCAUGAAUAUUCCAGCUAUAUGGCGGCGGUCUGUAAACAAUCGAGUCUGGACCAGACAAUCCAGUGAUCAAAGGCA